CCUUCGGGCCGGGAGCCCCGCGCUGAAGACCCGUCCACGCCUCCGGAGGAGCCCACCCUUCUCCCCCUCCUCGCUGGCCUCUGGGGGUGCCGGCACAAUUCGCCGCAGGAGCUCAGGCGUUGGCGGUAAAUCAGAGGCGUGGAUGUGUUUACAAGAUGUAAGUUGUGUUCUUUACCUUCUGAGGGCUUCUUACGCCUCGUGGUGACAGGUGCAAAUCAUGGCACAGAAGAGCAGCAUGAAGCCAGCGAAGAAAAACAGAACGGAAGAGCCUGAAUUGGAGCCCCUGUGCUGUUGCGAGUACAUAGAUCGAAAUGGAGAAAAGAACCACGUGGCCGCUUGUUUGUGUGAUUGCCAAGAUCUGGACGAAGGGUGUGAUAGAUGGAUAACGUGUAAAUCUGUGCAGCCAGAAACUUGUGAAAGAAUCAUGGAUACAAUCUCUGAUCGCCUCCGAAUUCCUUGGCUUAAAGGAGCCAAAAAAGUCAACAUUAGCAUCAUUCCCCCACUCAUCCUGCUGCCUAUCUUCCUCCGCGUGGCUUCUUGGCACUUCCUCCUGGGCGCAGUGGUUUUGACCUCCCUUCCCGUGCUGGCUCUGUGGUACUACUACCUCACUCACAGAAGGAAAGAACAGACUCUGUUUUUCCUGAGCCUCGGACUGUUCUCUCUGGGCUACAUGUACUAUGUGUUCCUGCAGGAAGUGGUUCCCAAAGGGCGUGUGGGGCCCACUCAGCUAGCUCUUCUUACCUGUGGGUUAUUUCUGAUCCUCUUAGCCUUGUACAGAGCCAAGAAGAAUCCAGGCUACCUCAGAAAUCCAGCCAGCGAUGGCAAGUCUCUAAGCAGCAGCCAAAUCGAAUGCCUGAACAGAAAAGGGCAGGAGAAGACCAUAGGGUUCCCUGGAUCGGAUUCAUCAGGAAGUCUCAACAACCGCUCGCUGAAGGAUGAAUCCAAGGGCUCUUCCAGGAUGUUGGCUGGAAGCCCUGCCAAGGUGAAGGAGGACUGGUGUGCCAAGUGCCAGCUGGUGCGACCAGCCCGGGCGUGGCAUUGCCGCAUCUGUGGCAUCUGUGUGCGGAGAAUGGAUCAUCAUUGUGUCUGGAUAAAUAGCUGUGUUGGAGAAUCAAAUCAUCAAGCAUUUAUACUUGCCCUUUCGAUCUUCUUGCUUACCUCGGUGUACGGGAUAACGCUGACCUUGGACACCAUUUGUAGAGAUAGAAGUGUCUUCACAGCUCUCUUCUAUUGUCCUGGAGUUUAUGCAAAUUACAGCUCCGCGCUGUCCUUCACCUGCGUGUGGUACUCUGUGAUCAUCACCGCGGGCAUGGCCUACAUCUUCCUGAUCCAGCUGAUAAACAUCAGUUACAAUGUGACUGAGAGGGAAGUCCAGCAGGCCCUUCGACAGAAGACGGGGCGCCGGCUCCUCUGUGGGCUCAUUGUGGACACAGGCCAGUACAAUCGGGGCUUCCUGCGGAACUGGCACCAGUUCUCCACCCUGGGCACUCACCCGUUCCACCACCCUGCUGAGGACAUUGUCUGAAGUGCCUUCUGUAUGGCUUCUGGGAGGGACGGCUCCUCCUCUGCUCCCUCCCCCUGUACGUUUCCGUGCCCUUGCAGGAUGUUCGUGUUUAUUCCCAGUUUCUUAAAGGCAUUAUAGGGCCAUGCUCAGGUUUAGCGACUGGACUGGGAAGAAGUUAAUUUUUCUGACUUCACAACUUAAGAGAUUUUUAUAUCGAAGCCGUGAAAGUAGAGCCAUUCCUUUCCAGUCACCUUAUUAACUAAUUCAGUCACCAGAAACUGAAAAGGAUGCGGAUUGCUAAUGCACAAACUGAUAGAAGCAAUACCCAUCCACUGGUCUGCGAGAAAGAGUUUGGGAUUAGGAUAGUCUCUAGUCCUCUUUCCAUUCCUAAUAGCCAUGUGACCCUUGCGGGGUCACUUCCUGAGUCUCAGGUUCACCUGUAUGUGGGAUACCGAGCCUGCCCUGGCUGUCUCACUGCGUGGUCGUGAGGGUCACAUGAGGGAUGAACUGUGUGUGGAAAACAGCUCAGCGCAGAUAAUAUGAAGUAUUAUUCAGAAAAUGCUAAGACUGAAAAAAAAAUAUAAGUCAGGAUACUGAAGCCACUAAUACUUGAGUAGUUAGUUUUCAGCAUUUCACAGUGAAAAAAAGAAUCCCCCCAAAUGCCAUGUUGUACAGUUGGGGGAAUUUUUUUCUGAAGUAUUAACAACUCAGACAGGGUAGAAGAGGCCAGAUGGACUUAUGCUGUCGCCUGAUCUUGAAAGGACAGUAACAGCUGUAAAGAUAGUCGUGCUGGUAAACUGUACAGUGGUCAUGAGUUUAGGUGAGGAGUUCUCCUAUUUUUCUUAUUAUCUGUUUAUUCUGCUUGGAUCUGCUAUAAAUACCCCCCAAAGGCAUUACUGAUUCUCCCCCUCUCUAUGUUUCACCUGGUAAGCACACUUGUGAUAAUGGCUGGAACAGGAGAACAGACUCUCCUCUGGGAAACACCCUCUUUCCUGAGUAGUAUGACUGAUUAAUAUCAAGGGCUUUUGUUGUUGUUGUUGAUCUGAGUAUUUCAAACUCAGUUACAGCUCUCAGUUGAAAGAAUCACUCCCCCGGCCUCAUAUCAUUCUGGCAUGAACUCCUUUGUGCAGCUGAUGGCAUCAUCCCACAAAACCUGCACAUUACUUCAUUCACCUUUCUAUAAAGCAUCUCACUAGGAGAGAACAAACAAGGUAUAUGUCGUUUCUACUAAUAAAUGGAUUACUGUUCUUCUUUCCCUAGCUUUGCCUAAAAAAAGGUUGUUUCUUUAAUUAUCUCAGAACUGAAAGUGUUAUAAAGGAUUAAAUAUUUAUAUAGAAUAGGUCUGUUUCCCCAUAGAAUUAAAAUGAGGGAAUUUUGGAUGGGGGUAAUACCUUCUUGAAUUUUUUGGGUUGUGUACUUGUCCUUUUUUCUUGCAAUCCCAAAGGUAAUUCAUGAGCCCUUAAAUUCACCUUGGCUUAUAGCUUAAUAUGGGAAAAUGUUGCCAGCUUUUUCAGUCUUUCUGUGCAUGCUGCUGUAGCGAGAGGUUUAUAAAUGUUGAGAGGAAAUAGUGCUACUUUCUGCAGUUCUCCCCUCUGCAGCUAUCACCACCCCUUGUUCUGCCAUUAAUUGAAACUCUACUUGAGAUAGUCACUGCAUUUUUAUUCAGCCUUGUUGUUGCUCUCCCCAGAGAUUGAUUGUUUAGCAAACGAUAAACUCUCCUAUCCACUGGGAUGAGCCAAAGAGCAAGCCUGGGGAUGUUAGAGGCUGUGGUUUCUACAGUGAUGCCCUCUCCCUGGUCCAGAGUCGAACAUUCGUUUGGAAUUAACGUUGGAUCUGAUUUAACAAACUUCUGUCUGUAGAUUUGAGAUAAGAGAGAGAUCAUGUUAAGGAUGGCGUAUGUGGCCAGAAAUCUCUAGUUGUAGUGUCUCUUGAAUGCCAUCUAUACUUAACUCUGAUUGUCUUGCAACUGAUAAUAAAAUUCAUAGGAAUGUUAGUAUAGUCAGUAAUUUUAGCCUCUCACCAAGUCUUUAACGACAAUCAAAAUGUGAUAUGAUGAAAAUGAGUAGUACCCAAAAGACCAGAGUAAUUUGGGAGAAUUAGGCAAGAUUGCCAUCUUUAUAACAACCCUAGUAGUGUUACCUGGAUGGGGCAACUUAUUAGUUCCCCCACUUGGCUAAGGACUCUUUGUAGACUAAUAUGGCUUAUCAGAAUUAAGAUGCUGGUUUUAAGUUCCUUCAGAAUUUCAAAAUGGACAGUUUACGGAAGGAAACUCAACUCUUUGAUGACAUCUGUGGUUUCUGUGGGAUUACAAGCCUACUAAGGUAUUUGCACCAAAAGCAGCAGCCAGGAAGGAGCAGUGUUCUGUAGGCUCGCGGUCCUUCUUGGACUAUUUUCUAAGUAUUCUGGGAUUUUUAAGCAUUUUAAUUGGUCUGGAACUAUUUUAGGGGAUUGCGUCCUUUGAAAGGACAGGGCCUCUAUGAAGCAGCAAUCCUGGAGAAACAUUUUGUUGUGGUGGCAGUGGGGAAUUGCCUUACAAACCUAUGAACAAGAAGUCUCUUGGCCAUAGGAGCAAGACCUCCUACCCCAUAAUUUUAGGCAAAAGGGACCUUCCCCCCACAUUCUCAGCCUCUGUUAAUAAAGAUGUAGAACUUAGUAAAUUAUCUACUCGAUUCUGAUCACUUGCAUUGCUGUCAUGUCACUGUGCACUAUUCCUGGGGAAGAGAAAUGUGUGCAUUUGAAAGAUUCCUGGGAGAAAUAAAGAUGAGGAUUGCAUGAAAGGAGAAAAUCCUUCAAUAUUUAAAAUGUUUCCUUGUGAUAUUUAAAAUGUUUCUUAUGAUACCCAAAGAGUGCUCUGUAGUUACAGCUGUGAAGAAUUGACCAGGAACAUGUCUUGGGUGAGUUUCCCUGGUGUUGCUAGUCAAGCCUUAAGUGUGUUCCAGGGACACUGUGCUGUUCUCUCACCUCAGCCAUAAAAGUAUCUGUGUUAGGAUACUGUAAACCUUUGCUAUUCAAGUAGUAUUUACCUUUGGUGAAUGAAGUAAUUGUUGUCUUCCAUUCUGCCAUCUGCCUAGCAGAAAGACUACUACAGAGAUUCUAUUAUGCAAUAGUCCUUGGUAUUUCUAAUAUUUUUAGCAAAAGAAAAUUUUCUAUACUAGAAUUGUCCACUGCCAAAAGACACAAUGCCAGUAAGUUUCUCUGUGCCGCUGCCGUCUGCUUAGCCCCUACUGCCUUUGGAUGGGACGUUGGCUUUUAUUAUAAAGCGCCAUUAAAAUAAGGAAAAACAUGACAUCUAGAAGCACAGUUUUAACCAGGAUGUUUACAAAUUAAUGUUGUUUUGUGGAGUUCAGGGUUUCUUAAACUAAUAAGUAGGUUUCUAUGACUUCAUUUUAUCUACACAUUGGUUACCUGCAUGUUAAAAGGAGAAUUUCCUUAAACAAGCAACUUUUGCUUGAGGCACCUGUUGAGAAUCUGGUUUUCUCAUCAUCAAAGUGUGCAGUUUUGUAUUAAACACUGUAAAGGUGAGGCAGGGGAUGAAUGUGAGCUAUGUUUAACUUAAUACCAAGUAAAUUCUACUAUGUUGUAAUGGAGGUUUGCUGUGAUUAACAGAAACUUUUUGCAAAGUCGGCCAAAUUUAAUCCUGUUGCUAUUGUCCCUCAUCCUCACUGCAGUUGGCACUAAGUGUUUCACUAUAGUAGCAGCAGCAGGCCAAAGACUAAAUGUUUAUUGGAGACAGAGUCCUUAGAGGUGCUGGCUGUUUCCAGGUGGGGCUUGUCACUUAUUAUUACUCCAGCCUUCCUGAUGGCACUUUUUACUUCUAGACAAUUUGUAUUUAAAGGCAAAGCUUUAAAAACCAGAGCUAGCCUCAUCUAGUUAUUGAUGCAGCUAAAAUUCUGUAUUUCUCUAGAUGGAGCCACUGACAAAAUGCCAUGUUGUGGAACUUGCAAGCUCAGCUUUUUGUGAUCCUAUGGUUCAGGUGGCUUCAUGGUUUGAGUCAUUAGGGCCUUUAAACCCUUUUGUUUCUGGGUCUGAUGUUAAAGGAAACUCAGAAUAUUUAUUUAAUAUAAAAUUUAAUAUUUAAGGUAACUGGCCUGACAACAUUAAAGGGGAUUUCCGAAGUCAACUCGGCUGUGGGCUAAACUUUUGCACUGUUUCUAUAUUUGUAUCCAUAGCCUCUUCUCACCUCAGACUCAGACACAAAGCCUUUUAAAUGGAAAUGUUAAAAAUGACUGCUGUUUAUGUAAAAUAAUGUACUGUGACUGAUUGUUUAAAUGGAAAAUAAAGUGCUUUA